UUGCAUCACUGUCUGUUAUUAAUUAAAUUGCAACUCAUCAAAAUAGCUUUGUACAAAGAAUAAGGCAUUCAUGGAAAAAGGAAUAUAGGAUUGAGUCGUAUGCAAACGGAAAUACAAUGUGUGUUAUUUCCACUGGAUUACACAUCCAUUUAGAAAAUGAGACUACUAUUGUACAACAGGUUUGCAGUUUACCAUUAAAUCAGUAGAGUAAGAAAAGGAUGAAUUACAUCUUGAAUAUCAUAAAUUUAUAAAUAUAGCAAAGUCAAUAUCUAGUUAACUCGCUAUAUAAGAACGUACUUCAUACUUAAGUGAAAUGUUUGGAGUCAGAAAUGUUAUUUUACAGAGGAUACUGCCGUUUUUACCUGUGUUUGGCAAUAACGGCUAUAAUUGGUCUUAUAAAAAUUAGAUUAACUAAUGACAGAAAAAUAAUGACAACAAUGAGCAGCAAUUUGGAGUCGGAACCCGAUAAAACACACACUAAUUUGGUUGAUAAAGGACUAAACUUUAAGUUUCAGAUGCAAAGAUUAAAUGCAGAAAAAGUAAAUGCCGACGACCCGGCUCUGAUUGAACUUAUUAAAGAAUAUUACAUUGAAAAACCAUCUCAGCUGCCAUACAACUUAGAACAUCCAGAUAAAAGAGACCCAUCCUGUGGACAGACAGCUUUUGUUGAUGGCUUUAUGAACCAUAAGGAAGGCGGGUUUUAUGUUGAUUGUGGCGCCCACGCUGGGGAGGUAUUUUCAAAUUCCUUGUUUCUAGAAAGGUAUCGUAACUGGAAUGGUAUACUAAUUGAAGCAAACCCAACAGUCUACAAAGAACUAAAGAAGAAAAACAGAAAAGCUUUUACCCUGAACGCAUGUCUUAACGGGAAGCCGUAUCCUUCUGUGAUGACCUUUUUAGAGGAUUCUUGGUGGGGAUAUAUUCUAGAUGGAAAUCAAUCGAUGUCGAAUAAAGGACAGAGUGGCACAGGCCGUUAUGUGGAAGUCCAGUGUUUCCCACUGUACUCUAUUCUUAUGGCGUUAAAUCAAACCAAUAUUGAUUACUUUAGUUUGGACGUUGAAGGAGCCGAGGAAGGCGUGCUUGACAGCAUACCUUGGAACAAAGUUGAUAUAAGAAUGAUGUCUAUUGAAUAUGAUAAGUGGCCUGGUGGGAAGUAUGCAUUAAAGGCCUACAUGGAAAAAAGAGGGUACAAGUUUAUGACGGAGGUCAUCGCACAAGCAGCAGCAGAUAUCAUAGUGUUAAAAGAGGAUUGAUAAAAGCGUUGUUGUAGACAAAUUACUUUUAUGUUUUGGUCACCAAAGAUACAACAAAUAUAUUUUUAUUUGAUCUAGUUAUAAAUUUGUUUAAUUUCGUCAAAUCUUCUUUAAAUUAUAUAACACAUCUCACAAAUAUAUGUGAUGGAUUUAGCGGUGAACGAUACGGUUAGGCUUUGUCUCUUGUUUGAAAAUGCCAAAUGAAUGCCCUUGGUCCUGCUUUAGCUUGACGAUAGUCAUUACAAGGUUAGUUAUUUGUAAAAGCUGGUUAGCAACCUGCUUAAUAUGCUAAUGUUCAACAUAACUGAGACUGAAAAAAUUCUUAAGUAUAAUUACCAGUAUACCAUCGACCAGUUACGCAUAAAGGAUACAACUUACAUUUAGACAGAGUCUCAUUCUCAGCUUUGACAAUGCAUUUGUUAUUGCGCGCACAGAAAGCAAAGUAAGAAAGCAUUCAUGAGAAUCGAAGUUUUCGGUCUUUUUGUUGUUUUUAAAGAAAUAUCCCAACAUUAUACCGACUCCUCUAGACGGGUCGGAAUAACAUUGCAAAAGAGUUAUCUUUCCAUAUGGGUGUGUUACCAAAAUACACAAAAACUGAAUAGUAGUUAGUUUUACGUUGUUGUUUUUGCGCUUUUCAUGUGAUUUUUUUUCUUCUUCCUUUUUUUACUUUUGUGACAUACUCUAUAUGCACUUUAUAACUUCCCACAGAGUAAUUGGAUUUGCAUGUUCGUUUAAUCUGUUUCCUAUAUUAUUUCGUUUAUUUCUUUUUGAAAGUUAUCUUUUAAUAAAAGCCUGUUAUUCAGUUAAAAAUAUUCUUUUCUUUUUGGUCGAUUUUGUAUAUAUAGAGGGCUUAACUUAUUCUUGAAUGAUCUGACUUAUAUCCUACAUCUAUUAUAGUCUAGUCUACUGAAAAUAGGCGGUUUAUCGCUAGAGCGCAAAGUAAAUUGUGAUUUAUUGGGAUUCUUUAUUCUCCAUAUGUCACAAAUAUAAUUGUUUUUCCAUUAUUGCUUUUAAUAAUUUCCUUCAAUUUUAUGAGUAUAUGAUUUCCCGAUCCUUUUCUCUAAUUCUGGAUCUAAGGUUGUAUUUACAUCGCCUCCCAAUAUUACAUUAUUUUUUUUUUAUCUUUUUUAGUAAGGGAGUUAAGUCUGACGACAGCAAUAGCGCUUUACGUAUUUUGCUAUCUUAACAGAAUAUUGAUGGAUAAAAGCUUAUCAAAUGAAUACCACGUAAUAGUAUUUUAGUUAUUUUUCAUUUUGCUAUAUUUUAUUCAAUUAUUAAUACGUUUUGACGUAGUCACUCGAAUAUGAUUAACAGAUAAAUGUCUAACAGUUGUUUAACAUUGUUACUUGUUUAUGGGCCAGGUUCCUUAACAUAAGCAAUAUGCCACCGACUCAACGUCAGCUCUAACUGCUAGCUCUCCACCCUCUCUCUGUAUAUCAGACCACCCAAAACUCAAGAAUAUUACCGUUGUAAAGCAGUACUGUUGAAAAAUUGUUCUCACUGUAAAUUGUACGUAACUGUGUAGUAGUUAAUUCAAUAUUUUAACCUUUAGUCUGCUGGCGUCAGUUGAUUAGUGCAGACUAAGAUCAUAGUCUGCACUGUUCGCUAUUCAGUCAGUAAGUUUUCAGUGAACAUUCCUUUGAAUAAUAAGUGGAAUGCCCAAAAUUAGAUGAUGGACCAGUCCAUUUUAAAAUUUCAGAAGAGUAUGGGUUAGUUAUGUGUCAUACAGCAACUCUUUACAUGUAGGAAUGAUUUCUGAUAAGAUAUUUAUCUGUAGUACAGCAACGUAUCUUAUUAGCAUUUUUAAUAAAAUAUAAUAUAUUUACAUGCACAACACAUGUAUUUAACUUUAAAAACAAAUCUUUCAAUUUAUGGAGAUGCCUUGAAGACACACAAAUGUUACAGAAACAAUGGUAAAAUAUAAAGAAAGGAAGAAAUCACAACCCCUUUCGUUUUGAGGAACCAAACACCUGUGAUAAAUGACAUCAGAUUCGGAGAAGUACAUGAAAAGAACAGUUACAAAUGGGAUGAUAAGCAUAAAAAGCAUCUGCAAUAACGAUGAGGAUAAAGAAGGUGUGGAUAUCUAAUUGAAUAAUAAAAUGUCAUUGAAUCACUGUUUCAUUGUACUUACAUUUCACCUUAAACUGUCCUAUCAAAAGCUUAAAAAUUAUAAGUAUGUUUUCUUUCAACAUAAACGUUUUAGUUUUUAGUUUAUACUAAUUUAUUUUAGCUCGAUUGUGAUAAAAUCUUAAAACUUAUUUGAACCACUCUCGAGUCCGCUACAUUGAAAAACCAGUACUGUUGUCAUAUGAGAAAUCAAGGUCGUGACCCUAACGGGGUUCGAACCCUAAGGCCCCCGAGUUGAGCGCCCGACACCUUAACCACUAAACCACCACUCCCCUUAUACGUUUUACAGUUAGAAUUUCAAAUCGUUUAUUUUCUCUGAAACUGUCUGUAUCAACAUAAUAUUACCCAACUAAAUCUGAAUCAUGUGAAGGCGUAACAACUUUGCUUUUGAAUCAUACGAGUAGUUUCUUAUAAGUACAAGAAUUGCGAUUCUUGCGAGAGACUCCGAAUAAUUCGAGUAUAACUGAUGCUUCUUACGACCGAAAACACAUUUAUUCUAACUAUAUACGUGACAAACUAUGUAAGGGCAUUUCGUAAAAAAUCCAUUCAUGUAAAUGACUUAUUCUUGCAUGUAAAUUACAUUGAUACAAUGGUAAAUUAAUAUUCUUUGUCCCAGUUUCUAAUUUCUAUGUCCUAUAACACCAGGAAAUACUCCAGUCAUCAAAACAGUCGAGAUAUUCAAAUAUCACAAAAGAAAAACUUUCUAGUUACAUUCUUUAACUAAUGACAGAGAUAUUGUAAUACAAAACACACACACACACUGAUAACAUAUCUAAAUAUCUAGACUAUGUAUUGCAACCACAUAUGCAAUCAUUACCUUCGUAUGUCAAAGAUACUACGGACUUCCUUACAAAACUGAAGAACUGCAGUUUAUCAUCCACCAGUUAUUUGUUGACUUUGGAUGUAACCUCUCUAUAUACGAAUAUUCCACAUGAUGAGGCCAACUUAAACGGAUUGAACACUAAACAUGCGGUUUGUCUCAAAAACAGUUGGGUCGUAAACGCUUUUUAUAAUUUUACCAAAUACAGUUGGAAAAUUAACAUGACCCAAAAUCUUACGAAGUUUGUAAACCACAUCCCCAUAAAAAAAACGGGGUUAAAAAUACCUUCUCGCGGAAGUGUCUUAAAAUUACUAUUGAAUUUUAAAACUAAAUCAGAAUUACAAUAGUAAAAGUCUUCCGUAGCUUAACUAUCGCAAAUAAAACUCCAUUAUAGAUCUAGUUUUUUAUUUUAAAAGUAGAUACCCCUCAUACCCAAAAGGUUAAGAACAUUUUAUUCCCUGCCUUCUGCUUAAGCCUUAAGGGAGCCGCGCCAUAUAUAUUCAAAAUAUUUAUAUCCGUUUUAUGACAUUUUUGUCUGGUUAAAUGGGUCAAAGCCUCUUCCUUUGUCAGGGCACACGAUUAAUUUAAAGCCGUUGUAAAAAUAUCUGUGAUGGCUAUUUGAUACAUUGAUUUACAAAAAUCACAUGGUUUUUCAUUUCCUUAUACAGUAAAACCUCUACCACAGAUCAGCUCUGAAUUAAAGCCAGAACAAUACAACCUCCAUAAAAAGCUACUAUGUUCUCUUCAAGAUUGUCUAUAAACAGUUUAAAUUUAGCUGUGUUGAGAGAUCACGUGACAACAGACACCGCGUUUCAUUUCUCAAAGGUUGUCUUUUCAGACAGGUUUGACUGUUACAUAAUCUAGUAAAACAUGUCAUUUGAAAUCAGUAUUAUAAGUAUACAGACAAAGCCAAAAAUUGUAGACGAAUAAAAUGAUAUGUCAAUAUCAAAAAGAGGAAAUGCAGAAGCGACUGCAACAACGUGACAGCGUUGUAAACCCCAUGCAGCUUUUCGCCUUCGAAAGUGUUAAAUAUUCUACUAGUACCACUAGAUACCUAGAGUGGUAUAUAUAGACUGUAUACUGUUAGCGAUAUAUAUUAUUUACAAAAUCAGCGACAAAUAUCAUCGUUCUGAAUGUCUAUUGCACGACAUUUAUAUUGUUUUAGUGUACUGUUUAACCCUAAACAUGAUGGCCACGAUUGGUUCUGCCUUUGCGACCAGUGUAGAUUUUUAUCAGCCUGCACAUCCGUGCAGUCUGAUGAAGAUCUGCACUAUUCGCUAUUCAGUCAGUACCCUUUUAACAGUUAAUGUUGCUGUCUAAAUUCAAGGAUGGACAAAAAAACAAAGACAAAUAUCAAACAGGGAAUGCCACGCACCAAAAACGCAGCCUCCCCAAAACGAAACCCACAGCACGCAGACGCGUACACCACAAACACACACAUACACAUACACGCGCGCACACACACAGCCAACACAUUAGGACAAAACGAACAAACAAAGGAACACAGUGGGGCACCGCCUUGGAACCGUCAGUGGCAAAAACACCACUGGGGAGCUUAAACCGGUUUAUGGUGGGCACCCAACCUCACUCUUACCCCUACCAUGUUCCAAAGACACGGGACAGUGUAAAUAAAAGUUAUCCCCUCCAGGCGAAUCUCUAACACACGUAAUGGAAACAAGUUCAUUAUAAAAAUUUAGCAGGGUAAGGGUUAAGGUAUUCCAAGGUGAUUACAAUAGCUUAAGGGUAUUGUUUAAUCACCCCUUGGAUAUGGUGACUGUUUUUCAAUAUUGUCUUUUGGCAGUUUCUAUGAAAUGCCGGCUCCAUAACAUCAGAUCCUCUCCCUUAAUUAAAGUCUGUUUAGUUCUACCCAUUGUGUUCUCGUUUUUGUCAAACCCAUUAUUUUAAACAUAUGCUGCUUUUCAUGAAAUUGCACUCUGUAUACUUGUAACAUGUGUAAAUGUCGAGUUCUGCUUAACGGCGUAGAUCAUAGCUUGCAUUUCCACUACCGUCUAUGAACAGGCUUAAUCAAACAGAGUCUGUAACAUUUUCAUUUGUUGCAAUGAUGUAAUUAGAUAUAUUUCGUUUUUUCAAAAUUUGUAAAUAACCAGAAUACAUUUCUGUACUGUACGAACGGUAUUUUUACUAUUUCCAAAGUGUACAUGUUUAUGUCCUCAUGAAUUUUCAAUCUUAAUAUCGGACAGAAACUUUCAACAAGUGUAACAUGCUUCUUUUUUGCAUCUAAUUAUUUCACCAUCUUACAUUUUGUAAUACUAUUUGGAAACGAUAUAAAAACUGAAAUAGAUUUAAUUAAAGAUAUUUAUAAAUAAGGGUUGUCAUAUUGGCCCAAGACCUAAGGCCGCAGGCCAAUACGAUUGCCCGAGGACAAAUAACUAGGUAAAUAUGAAAUCACUUGAUUAAUGAUGAUAUCAUUUUUCAACUUUUGAAUUUGGCAUUAUAGUUUUGAAGGCAUCCUAAUUUCAUCUAGUAUAAUAGACAGGUCUGUGUGUAGAUAAGUGUGAUAAAUGUGAUUAAUUUUACAGAUAUUUAUUUUCUAUAUUGAUUUUGCGAGUCAUUUAAUUUUGAGCUGGGACUGAAACUUCUUUUCAUGUUAUUUCCUUGCAUGCUGCCGGUAACGAGACACAAACUUGUACACAUGUGUUGAUUAAGUUAUACCAACGACCAAGCAAAUAUUAUUCACCCCAUAACUCGUUUUAUUCUUAUUUGAAAUUUUUACAGCUGACACCGUGUUCUCUAGUUCAUGUAUUAUCAUUUUCCUACUAUGCAAAUUGUUGUCGUAAUUGCAAAAUAAUCCAAAUUACCAAAAUGUAUGUUUAAAAUUAUUGUCAUCCUUUUAAUUCAUCCCAGUUUCACAGAAUUAUCUAUUUCUUCCAAAAAUGUCAGAAAUGUAGACAGGAGCUUGUUACCGAAGCAGUCUCAGUAUCGUUAUCAUCUACACAGAUUUACAACAGCUCAGUCACAGUCGGUUAUUAACGUUACAUUUAUCAGAUUAUAGAUGAUAUUUUUGUACGAAAUAAGAAAACUGUUAUAUAUGUAUAUUCUUAUGUAAAACAAAAUGGCGUCAUUCAAAAUCUAACGGUAUUGGCCCGUUCACUAGAACCUGUCAAAAUGCUUGAAUCCCAUAUUGGCCCUGUGUUUUCGUAC